AAAUAUGACCUCUGACCUCACAGAGCAAUGGCGACCGAAUGACUGGGGGUGUUGUGUUUUUCUUCGAUGUCAUUCACUGGAGUAGAAAUAUUAACGAUCUUCUGGGCGUGUAUUUACUACUAAACGGCUUUUAACAAUCAGCCAUCCUUGCAGAUUUAGUCUGGAUACUUCACAUGGUUUUCCAGAGCGAGAUGAGUGCUAUAUAGGGCUGAAAACGUGAGCAAUCUCUGCCGACUACUUCGUUGGUUUAUCGUUACAAAUAUCCGAAUAUUCCGGAACCGGUCAUCUCUAGAUCUGUGUUUACAAGCUGGAUCUGUAGCUGUUUCGUGCGUCAUAGUGCGGAGAGGUUGCCAAGUUUUCCUCUCGGUAUUUGUGGCCAAGUAAGGACAUGGCUUCCAGCAAAGAGCAAGGACCACAACAACAACAACAACAAACGUCAGACCAGUCGCACAACUUCAGGUUACAGUUUGUAACAUGGAAUGUGUGCGACACAACCCCGCUGAAUGUGGCACCCCUCUUCAGAGCAGAAGGACCACCUCCUGAUCUCAUUGCUAUUGGAUUACAAGAGGCACCAGGGAACCCAGCAACUGCAGUCAUAUUUGAGGAUACCUGGGGGAACGCUUCCAUGAAACACCUGUCUCAGAGGGGGUAUGUCAAAAUCCGUACAGAGCACAUGCAGGCCAUCCUGUUACAUGUGUUUGUGAAACUGGAACACCUGCCUCACAUCAGAUGGAUCAAGACGGCCUUCACACGCACGGGGGUGGGGGGGUACUGGGGUAAUAAAGGUGCAGUGACAGUUAGGAUGGACCUGUACGGGACCAGUGUGUGCAUCACCAACACUCACCUGGCUGCUCACCUGGAGCAGAAUGAGAUCAGGAUACAGGAGUUCCAUGCAAUAACAGAGGCUCAGAGGUUUCCAGGCUGCAAGGCAGGAACCAUCAUGGAACAUGAUUACAUCUUCUGGAUUGGAGACCUGAACUUCAGGCUGGACCCAAUAGACUAUGAAGCAGUCAUGAACAGCAUUGCUGAUGGGAGGUUUCAGAAACUGCUGGAGUUUGACCAGUUGAAGGUGGCACAAAGAGAAGGUCUUGCCUUUUCUGGAUUUUCUGAAGGAAACAUCACAUUCCAACCAACCUACAAGUUUGACAAAGGAACAACCAUCUAUGACACCAGUGAGAAACAGAGGAAACCUGCAUGGUGUGACCGGAUACUUUGGAGGACCAGACCUGGAUUGGAGGUUUCUGUCAGACAGCACAGCUACACCAGCCUGUCUCACGUCAAACAGAGCGACCACAGCCCUGUCACAAGCAUGUUCUCCAUACAGGUGGACCUGAACAAGAACCAGCCACUGGUGCUGUUUGAACCAGUCAGGAACUGGAUGUGUGGCUACAAGGGCGUGGCCUCGUACUCUGUAGUGAUGGACAUCCCCACUAGUGGCUGGGACUGGAUAGGGUUGUACAAGGUGGGUUUCUGCCACCCUAAGGACUACCGUACCUACGUGUGGGCGGAUUCGGCAGGCUUUGGCAAGGGCAAGAGAGGCUGCAUGGUGUUGUUCGAGCCUCCCUACAUGCCUGACGAGCCGGGCUAUUACCUGCUCUGCUACUGGAGCACACACUUUGACUGCAUCAUCGGUGUCAGUGAGCCAUUUCAGAUCACAAAACCUCCACAUUUGGAAGAGGCCAUGGACGCCCUGACGUUUGACAAGCAGCGUCGCUCCAGCAGUAGUAGCAGCAGCACCUCUACAAGCAGUGCCGACACAGCCAGCGAGGCCGACGUUCUCGACCAGGUCGACUCCGAAGAACCAACGCAAAACACGGAAGACAACAGGGAAGAAAACGUCACGAGACCAAAGAGACAUAACGGAGGGGUAGAGCAGGGAAAAGAGGAGGCAGCAGAUGGACUCAACAAGUCGGAGUUUGGAACGGCACCAAACACUGACACCAACAGUCAAGAACAGAGCAUCGCUAUGAGUGAAAAGGCAGCGGGAGCGAUAGAGCAAGGAAAGGAGGAAGUUCAGAUGGAGGUAAGAAGUAAAUCUGACCUCGAAGUCACAUCAGAAGUGAGUCAGAUAAAGGUGGAAGAAACAGAGGAUCAAAAUUCUCCAGAGGAUGAAGAAGAUACCGAGAUUACCGAGGCACAGAUGCCUGUACAAGAUACCACACCUUCUGUAGAGACAGUACCCCAGGCAUUGGCAGGAGGUCAAGAGGUGGAAGGAGAGAAAGCAAAAGUCUCAUCGACAAACCAAAUAUCACAGGAAGAAGUGAUUGCUGAGGCCGCAAAGGAUGAAACCUACUACUAGGUCAUCAGUAAUGAUUACAAGUAGAGAGCCAAAGGAAGAUAUUUAGAGGGUUCCCUCCCUACCGGUACAACUGUUAGAAACUCUAGAUCUUGCUUGAGGAUUAGGACAUGAUUGUGUACUGUAUGAAGGAUGGGUUGGUGGAAAGAGGCAGGCGGCAGAAAACAUUGCCCCCUGUAUAGUCAUGGUGAAGGUUUGUGUGCUUUGGAAGUGUGUAAUGUCGACUAUCAGUAGGGAUACAUAAAUGUGUUAAAUGUGCAGGGAGUGGUACUUAUAAUAGAUAUGUGAGUUGUGCCCCCAUUCCAUUAGAUGGUCAAAUUUGCACUCUAUGAGACCUGAACUGGCUUUGCGUGAACCAUGGUUUCACAUUUGGAAUAUCAUGCAAAAUGUAAAAGUGUGACCAAAAAGACAGCAAAACACACAAAGCUUUAAGCUAGUGGAAUGGGGGGGGGGGGGGGGGGAUACAUGGUGGUGGUCUAUGUGCAGUGUAAAGACUGACCUUGUGAGUGCUGUAUAUGAAAAUGAGAGUGUAAGUACUGUAGACUCAGAUCAUAUAGAUUUCUAACUUUGAAGGCAGAGCAAAACAUGAUUAGCAACACCUACAUUACCCAGUGACAAAUGUGUAAUGCCUUCCAUUACUAAGUGAUAUAGUAGUUUACAAUAAUUACAAACACAAUAUCAACCAACAAGAACAUGAUCUGAAACAUUUAGAAAACACCAUUACCUCAGACAAAGGGAACAAUAAGUGGUUGAGGGCCAAAGACCUUACAUUACAUGUUUGUACUAUAAUCUCUGAGUCAGUGGAAAUAUCACAGCACACGCUGUAACGCUAGUAACCCUUUAUUCGCAGGGUUACCUAUAUUCGUUGCGUUUACCAACAUGGUAUUAAGGGAUAUCAACUGGACGAACAGUGGUUUCAAGUUGUGAUAUGUUCAAAAUAUUGGAGUUUAAAACUACCGUCCAUCGACUUCAUAUCCGCAAAUACCCAUACCACACGGAUAUAGGUUACCCCUCGGUACACUAGCGUUAUAUCUAACAAAGGUUAUGACCAGCAGUUAUUUCAAGCAACAGUAUUACAAACAGCAUUGUUGUAAUGUACAAGAAAAUGUUUAAAGACGUGAGGUGUUUUUUUUUUAAUGUCAGAGCCUGUACAAUAACCUUUCCCUACAUUUGUAGCCAUGCACUUUUUGUGUAGAAGAACACUCAGAACUUCAUAAUUUAUUUUAUCGGUUGUUGCAUCAUGUACAAUAUUUACAUGUUCAUUAUACCAGAAAAAUUAGAUCUUUUUUUACUAGUACAUCCCAUUCUAAGGAGUACCACCUUUCUAUUAGCGUGAGCGACAAGAACUUAUAACCCCAUUUGGGGGGAGGGGGGCAUUCAGGGCAUCUAAAGUGUUAUGUGUUUGUGAGGUAUUUAUUAAAGUGUGUUAAUUUUUGUCUCUGAAAGAGACAGAAGUAGUUCCUAGGCAUACAA